GUUCGGUGUAAUCUCGUGCCGAGAUAAGACGUGGAAUUUAGCCCUGAGCGAGGGACUUGCGUGGCUGUUCAAAGGAGCUGAUGUGGUAGAGCCAGGACCCCACUGUGCUAGGCUCUGCGCAAACACGGACCAGAGGCAGUAGAUGAUUACAGAGUGAUGGUGACUAAAAGAAAAUGAACUGCAGAAACAUUGGAACAGGAGCUUUAUGUCCCUAUAUACAUGAGUGCCCAGAAUUUUUAUGAGCAGAUACUGCCGACUGUGCGCCACAAGGAAUUUAUAGGGACAAAUUCACAUUGGAACAUGGCAUCAUAAGACAUACUGCUUAGAAAGGUGCUUUUCACACAUGAGUGCAAGAAGAACUGCUAGUUAAAAGAAGUGAUUGUUAUGGAGGACAGCAUGACCACCAUGAAAGGGAGCUGCCUCCUUGCACUGUUGCUGGCAGGACUUGGGGUAUUAGGAACACUGGAGCCAGCAACAACAGAAGAUACCCACUGCCAGAGAGCUGAGCACCCAGUUAUUGCAUACAAAGAGAUUGCCCCUUGGUUACAUGUGUUCAGAGCAGAAGAUGCCAUAGACUUCUCACAGUUAACAUUUGACCCAGGACAAAAAGAGCUAAUUGCUGGAGCAAGAAACUACCUCUUCAGAUUGCAGCUUGAGGAUCUCUCUCUAAUACAGGCAGUGGAAUGGCAAUGUGACGAAGCUACUAAAAGAGCCUGUUACAGUAAAGGCAAAUCAAAGGAGGAGUGCCAGAACUAUAUUCGAGUGCUUCUCGUUGGCGGCAACCACCUCUUCACCUGUGGAACCAACGCAUUCACUCCUAUCUGCACCAACCGGACGUUAAGCAACUUGACAGAGAUACAUGACCAAAUCAGUGGCAUGGCUCGUUGUCCAUACAGUCCCCAACACAACUCCACUGCUCUUCUCACUGCCAGUGGGGAGCUCUAUGCUGCUACUGCCAUGGAUUUUCCGGGAAGGGAUCCUGCCAUUUAUCGCAGCUUAGGGGCCCUUCCUCCUCUCCGCACUGCACAGUACAACUCCAAGUGGCUGAAUGAGCCAAAUUUUGUGUCGUCUUAUGACAUUGGGAACUUUACUUACUUCUUCUUCCGGGAGAAUGCAGUGGAGCAUGACUGUGGGAAAACAGUCUUCUCUCGUGCUGCUCGGGUGUGUAAAAAUGAUAUUGGUGGCAAAUUUGUGCUGGAGGAUACUUGGACUACUUUCAUGAAAGCUCGUCUGAACUGCUCUCGCCCUGGAGAAAUUCCGUUUUACUAUAACGAACUACAGAGCACUUUCUUCCUGCCAGAAUUGGACUUGCUUUAUGGGAUUUUUACCACUAAUGUGAACAGCAUAGCAGCCUCAGCAGUUUGUGUUUUCAACCUGAGUGCCAUAACUCAGGCCUUUAAUGGACCCUUCAAAUACCAGGAAAAUUCUCGCUCUGCUUGGCUUCCAUAUCCCAAUCCAAACCCUAAUUUUCAGUGUGGCACCAUGGACCAGGGUCUGUAUGCGAACCUGACUGAGAGGAAUCUUCAGGAUGCUCAAAAAUUCUUUUUAAUGCACGAGGUGGUCCAACCAGUUACUACCAUUCCUUACUUCAUGGAAGACAAUAGCCGGUUUUCCCACGUGGUGGUGGAUGUGGUGCAGGGCAAGGACAUGCUUUUCCAUAUCAUCUACCUUGCCACAGACUAUGGCACUAUUAAAAAAGUACUUGCCCCAACGAACCAGACGUCAAGCAGCUGCCUGCUGGAGGAAAUUGAACUCUUGCCAGCGAGUCAGAGAGAACCCAUCAGGAGUCUCCAGAUCCUGCACAGCCAGAGUGUCCUGUUUGUGGGCCUUCAGGAGCACGUGAUUAAGGUCCCCCUGAAGAGAUGUCUCUUCUACAAAACAUACAGUGCGUGCAUUGGAUCCCAAGAUCCUUACUGUGGCUGGGACAUGGUGAUGAAGAAAUGCACAACACUGGAAGAAAGUCUGAGCAUGAGUCAGUGGGAGCAGAGCAUUGCUGUGUGUCCAACCAGGAACCUGACUGUGGAUGGGAGUUUCGGGACAUGGUCACAGUGGAAACCUUGCACCCACACUGAUGGUGGCAGCGUUGGCUCCUGCCUCUGCAGGACUCGUCUGUGUGACAGCCCGGCUCCUCAGUGUGGAGGUUGGCUGUGUGAAGGACCAAGCAUGGAAAUUGCCAACUGUUCCAGAAAUGGAGGCUGGACACCAUGGACUUCUUGGUCACCUUGUAGUACCACUUGUGGAAUAGGCUUUCAAGUUCGUCAGCGCUCCUGCAGCAAUCCAACCCCUCGACACGGAGGACGUGUCUGCGUGGGACAGAAUCGCGAGGAGAGGUACUGCAAUGAGCAUUUGUUGUGCCCUCCUCAUGUGUUUUGGACAGGCUGGGGUCCGUGGGAGCGCUGCACUGCUCAGUGUGGAGGAGGCAUUCAGGCUAGGCGUAGGACAUGUGAAAAUGGUCCCGACUGUCCUGGCUGUAGCGUGGAAUACCAGCCGUGUAACACCAAUGCCUGUCCAGAGUUAAAAAAGACAACGCCUUGGACACCUUGGACUCCUGUCAAUAUUUCUGACAAUGGUGGCCACUAUGAACAACGAUUCCGAUAUACCUGUAAAGCACGCUUGCCUGAUCCAAAUUUGUUAGAGGUGGGGAGACAAAGGAUUGAAAUGCGUUACUGUUCCAGUGAUGGCACCAGCGGAUGCUCGACAGAUGGAUUGUCAGGAGAUUUCUUGCGUUCUGGACGAUACUCUGCUCAUACUAUUAACGGUGCCUGGUCACCGUGGUCUCCGUGGUCUCAGUGCAGCCGUGACUGCAGUCGAGGUAUACGGAAUCGCAAACGGGUCUGCAGCAAUCCUGAGCCCAAGUAUGGGGGACUUCCUUGCCUCGGCCCAUCUCUGGAGUACCAAGAAUGCAACAUUUUGCCUUGUCCAGUUGAUGGAGGCUGGUCUUGUUGGUCAUCUUGGUCAAAGUGCUCCGCAACUUGUGGAGGAGGGCAUUACAUGAGAACUCGCUCCUGCACAAACCCUGCUCCAGCAUAUGGAGGAGAUAUUUGCCUUGGGCUCCACACUGAAGAAGCACUCUGCAACACACAACCAUGUCCAGACAGCUGGUCAGAUUGGUCCGAGUGGUCCGAGUGUGACUCGUCUGGAGCUCAGUUGCGGGUUCGGCAGUGCAUUGUUUUGUUUCCCGUGGGCAGCCAGUGUUCUGGGAACACCACGGAGACCCGAGCCUGUGCUUUCGGCUCUAACUUUGUACCAGAAAUAACAGUGGCACGAUCCAGCAGCAUAGAGGAGAAACGAUGUGGCGAGUUCAACAUGUUUCACAUGAUCGCAGUGGGAUUAAGUAGCUCUAUCCUUGGUUGCCUUCUUACCCUGCUUGUUUACACCUAUUGCCAACGUUAUCAGCAACAGUCCCAUGAUGCAACUGUCAUCCAUCCCGUAUCAGCAGCUCCUCUAAAUACCAGCAUCACCAACCAUAUCAACAAACUGGACAAAUAUGAUUCUGUAGAAGCUAUCAAGGCAUUUAACAAAAACAACCUGAUUCUGGAGGAAAGAAACAAAUAUUUCAAUCCACAUCUUACUGCAAAGACUUAUUCUAAUACCUAUUUUACAGAUUUCAAUAAUUAUGAUGAAUACUAAUGGGCUUGUGUAUUUCCUGGCCUUCUGUAACUCCCCAGUCCCUAAGGCCUAUGCUACAUGACUGCUCAUGUGAUUGAGGCUUCAGAGAUGAAGUUCAGAGACAUUUCAAGCACAAUCCAAGCCAUCAAGUGUCCCAUUGCUGCCAAAAACCCCAAACACCUGUUUGUGACCUGAUGUUUUCUUUGCAGGUUGGCCUUCAGUGUAGGGUGCAGCUGUAGCCCCUAAGUGUUUCUGAACCACUCAUGAGGGAGACAUCACUUCACUCAGUUUCAUAAGCGUUCAGACAGAUUUCUCUAACGAGGGGCUAACUAAUUUCAAAGCUUUUAGAAAAACAAUCUGUUACCCUCUGAAACUGUGCCAGGAAUGCAAAUUGAAUUUUAUUUUGGGCAUUACCUUUUGAUUUCCGUGAGUUAGCAAUGGAGCCCUCUGUGGAGUCUCCCUGAAACUCAUACCACCAAAAACAGCUCGCAGAGUAUUGAGAAAAAUGACAAGAAGAAAUGUGCUUGUUCAGUGAUGUUCUGUAGCAGCUCCCCACUCUCCAGAGCUAGUCUUUCUGGACUCUAAAUCAUCGAGCUGUUCAGCUGCGUGAAGAAUAAGGACAUACCGAGUGAUACGAUCUUGUAACGAAACGCAAAACCUACAGGGUUUGUGGUUUCCAGUUUCGAGGCAAGCCAAGUGACAUAAAGCCUACAUCUUGUUUCCUUUAAUUUUUGGCGUGGUUUUGAGGCGAAGGAGGGCAGAUAGGAAAGGCACACUGGAAUGUUUCUGCCUGUGGUUGGCAAGCCAGGGUUACUGUAGCGUGCAGAUUUAGAUGAGCCCUGGUGGUCCAGAGGCUUCUGCUCCUUGGUGCGUGCAUAUGGAGUCCACUUGUCUGGUCUGCUGCAACACUCACAGUCAGUGGAAGAUGCAACUGCACUGUAUUUUGUGUACUGUCUCAAGCUCUCUGGGGUAUGUAGACACGUAAUCAUAGAACUGCUUUUCUCUUUCCAGCUUUGACUUCAUAUGUAUGUUUUCGACAAAAUCAAGCAAAAUCAGAAAAUGCGUAUGCAUUUGCAAAUCAUUGUCUCCUCUUACUGCUGUGUCUGAUCCAAACUAAUCUGCCCUUGGGGGAACGUUGUGCAGGCGUUUUAAGUGAAUAUCUUGUUGGACCUUAUUGAUGUAAAUAUUUGAAGUACUGGUUAAGUUUUAAAUUAUCAAUUUUAAUUCCUUUUCUAGUGGCAGGUGAAGAAACAUAAAGGAUCUUCACAUUUUUGUACCAUUUUACUUUAUUCUAUCAGUCUUCAUCCACGUCCAUGACAUUAUUAUUUUUGGAACUGAAAUUCCAGAUGUACAAUUAAGAGGAAAGGGCAAGGAUUUGGGCCAGAUUUUACAGAGUAUUUAUUAGUAAAGUGGCAUUUGCUACUCUCAGAAACUUGUGAAGAGAAAUUAAAAAAGAAUAUUAAGGCUUAAAGAAUUGGGCUUUCUGUUUUUUGAACAUACUCGAUACAAAGAUCAUCACAACAGAAUAUCAGGAAGGUAUGCAAGGAGAAGCGGAGUGGGAAUGUUUCCACUUUACAGCCUGUGAUCAUUAGGUUAUACUAUGAUAGGCAAAUAAUGGAAAAAUUCAUAGAAAUUAUAAUAAUUCUAAAUUAUGUAAAAAAAAAAAACUAUGCAAAAAGUACCAAGGAACAUUGGUAAUGUGAGACGGCAUCUGAGCGUCGCUUUGGUGAUCCAGCAAUUUACAUAGCAAGGGUAAACACCAUAUCGAACUAUGGUAACGAGCAACAUUUUUGAAUGGGGAUGGAUCUGAACGUAGAUAUCUCUGUUCUGCAGUAAAAUGAGAAAGAAUGCGAAGCAGGUGGUCUUUGAAAAGCUGUAGAGUGAAAUGAACUCACAUUUACGAUCUACGAAAGUAAUUGAGAGCAGCUCCCCAAUUUUUCCAAGUGAGCAGUUGGCCCUGUUGCUGUAAACUGUGUCAAAAGAGAGCUCCCACCCUCACAGCAGUUCACCUCAAAAAAGUAUGGUAAGGCUGGUUCUGUAUAGUUUGUGAUUGUUUGACUGUACGUUAGAUUUGUUUUUCCAGGAAGAAAUUACGUGAUAUGUCAGUUGCCCUCGGGUAAGAGGGAAUUUAUUCUGCAAGGAAAUUCAGUGGAACGGAUAGAGAAGGAAAAAGCUCUCCCAAUGAUAACCAGCAUGGUAUCUGAAUCACUCUGCUCAUGCCAAAAGAUACAAAUCUUAGGUUUAAAAAGUAUAAAGAAAAUAAAAACUAUAUUGCUGUCAUUGCCAAGAAAAAACAACACAGGUGCGUGCACACACACACACACACACACACACACAGAGUACUGUUCCUCUCUUCCACUGUACUAAGAGCACAUUGGUCUGGCUUCUGGAUUUUAUACUUAGACUAUUAGUUAUGAGUCCAAUAUUUUAAAAGUAUUUAAACUGUGUAUUUUUAUUUUAAUCUUUUUAAUUAAAAUCAUCUGAAAUUAGCUUUUUUUUUUUUUUAACUCUUCAGUAGUUUUGAGGUGCACCUAUCUAUACAGUGAUCUAUUUUCCAUUCCUUUCAUUUAGGAUAAGUGCAUAUGUUAGAUACAUGUUAUAUAUGUGGUGAUAAUACCCUAGGUGAAGUCUGCGCAGUCAGAGGUUUAAGGGCAUUUAGCAGAUGCCCACUCUGCUCACACUUCCAUCUCCCAAAGAAGUGCUUCUGGCAUCCCAGCUCUUUGACUAACUCCAAUGUGAUGGCAUUUAAAGACCAUACCAACUUGUCAGAGAAGUGUGUUUUUUGUUUUUGGUCAUUUCACUUCCUAAAUUGUGCUAUUCUAAAUUGCAGGCGGAGGUAUAUUCAAACUUCUAACUUCUAUCUAAAGCAGCUUUAGGUCUGAUUUUCACACUCCUUCAAAGUAAAUGUGAAAAUUUUGCAUCACUUCAAUGAGAAAAAUUGGUCCCAGGAUCUCCUUGUCGAGCUAGAUGCUGAGACAGCAAGUUUUCAAGCCAUUAAAUUUUUGUAUCUUAGAUAAUUUUAGAAGUACCUAAGGCGUGCUAUUAUCAGUAUUUUCAUCUUCUGAGUUCAGCACAGCUGCCCAGGUGAUUUGAUACAGCCUUUCCUAGUAUAUGGGGCAAUGCAAAGUGCAGUUUCUAUUAGGUUUCACUUUAUUUUGUUUAGCAUUUUUUCUAAAAUGGUUGACACACAUUUUGGGGCAAAGUAGUUUUCUGCAUGAGAACUCUUAGUUUUCUUUUGCCAAAAAUGUAACAAAGUGCAAGUCUUUGCAUGCAAAUCUUGCUUAAGCUGAUAGGGCCCUUGGAUUUGUACAAGAGUAAAAUUUAGUUCUUACAGCAUUGUUCUGUUCUUGGGAAAGGAGAAUCAACUCCCUUAACCUUUAAAUGCCAUGAGGUACUAGCAGGCAGGUAUUUUUUGCAUGGGAAAAAUGAUCUGUUCUGGGUAAAUAAAUGUAUUACCUCUGAUGCCAGGAUUUAAUAUUACAAAACCACUUUUGCACUGAUUGCAUUAAUUUAAAACUGUGUUUCUAUUUUGAACGCGAACAUUUUUCCAGAUGGAUCAAAAUUUGCAGGAUACACCUGUGGCAUUCCUUUUGGUGUAGCACUGCUGCAUGCAGUGAAGAGAAAGCAAGAUUUCAGAGUCUGAUCCUGUGCAGUGUACCUUUUCGCUAGAUAACCCAAGUUAGUACACUUUUUGCUGUACUUAAGUACACUUAAUUUAGUGUCCUAUACAUACAGUCUUUUGCUCAGUUGCUUAGAAAAUCGAUUCCUGUGCUUGCAGAUUUAUGUUGUACUUUGAUUUGUAUCUAUCUGAUUACCUUUAUGGUCAUGCAGUUACUUUAGCUGGGAGCUCUUUCAGCCAGUUGCACUCACCUGCUGUUGGAGCAUUGUGGUUUGGCCAAAACUAUUGCAGAGAUUUCUGACUAGUGUUAGGGUUUUCCUAUGAGAGUAGCAAAAAGAGUGGGGGUGAGUUGGCUUUGAUUUCCGUGCUGUUAAGCAGUACUGAUUAAAAUCUCAGACGGGUAUAGGACAGCGUAUAUUUAGUUAGCUUUAUCAGAAUUCCACGCUAACCUCUAGGAAUACCACGUCAAUAUGCAAGUCAAGAGCUACCAAAGCACUUACAUUAAAUGAAAAGAGCUCUCAGAUCAUCAGACCACAUGGCUGUUCAAACCAGAAGAGAAAGUAAGCGGUCCCAGGUGCAACGAAAAUGUUAAUGAGAACAAAUGUUUCAAGAUUUUUGCCUCAUAAAUGUAGAAUAUAUUUGUGCGCUUCUUUAUCUCUGAAUGUGGGACCAGUUUUAUUAAAAUCAGCAUAGCAUAAUCACAUUUCCUAAAGCUAAUUGUGUGCAUAAUGGCUUUGCUGCAUGAGAUCCAAUUCUGUAAACACUUCGGUCUGUGUUCAUCUCACUCUGCUUGGGGCAUCUGGCCAAAUUAGGAUUGUAGGUGCCAUCAGCACCCUCUAUGGCCAGUGGAGAUAGGACCCUUCUCUCUUGUCUAGUCAAGGAGAACAUCCUUCUUAGAUGGCCGGAGUCACCUCUGGAGAGGGCUUAUGUCUCUCCACUGGCAAUAUAGUGAGCCUAAUUAUACACUCUGAAUUUUGACUGUUAUUUAAAUGCCUAAAUUCAGGUUGGUGAAAUCUGGGUUGGCUCUUGAGCACAAGUCUGAUUUUACUCACCGCUUAAGUAACCACACUGAGUUCAAAGGUACAGAUGAAAGAACUUGCUUGUUUUAGUGAUUUUUUACAGGAUUGAGCCCAAAAUAUAUAGCUUCUGCACCAGUCCAUGCACAGUACAAGACGACUGCAGUAGUAACAAAACGGAUUCAUUUAAAAUUGUUCACAGGCAAAUCUGCAUUCUUGAUAUCAGGGAAUAGAUAUGUGUUCAUUGUGUGGGGUAUUUGAAUUCAUUCUUUCCUUUGCUAAAUAAAUGAAUGAUAAAACCA